GUCAUACCUCCUGCAUGUAAAUACAAGUCAAAUGAGAAGAUUUGUUAUUCACAUUGACAAAACUGAAACCACAGAAAGCUCCACAACUUCUCUAACCAAGCCACACACGUAUCAGAGGAGUAUAACCAGGUAGAGACUACAAAGCCUGUAAAAAAAAAAAAAAAAAAAAAAAAAAAGGUUGGAACAUGGAUAAGAAGAGAGGUUAUUCUGCACCAAAACGUUUCCAAAGAGGUCGGCAUCAUCCUUAUAGGAACCAAGAUCUGUCCCAUACACGUGGGUCCAGACACCAGACCCUCAGCCACACAGUUGACCAUUGGAAAAAAAAAAAAUGUUUUCUUUAAAGUGGACAAACAGGAAUCAAAGCAUACUAUGGAAUGAGAUUUGUUUCAGCACUGCAGAAAACAUUCGUGAAACUCAAAGAGUAAGCAGACAAAGGUGGAACAAGCAGCAGGUACAACCAAUGAACUACCAUGGCAACAGGAAACCGAGCACAGGCAACACUGACCAUAUAAAGAAAGUGGAGAGCAAAUGGGACAAAAUAUGACAUACAGUGAACAGAGUACUGGGCAGUGACACUGAGGACAUGACAUGCUCUUUGUACAGUUAUCUACACCAUAUCAUUUUUUCAUUACUGAAAGAAUUUACUGUAUAUUGUGCAAGAGUUGCAGAUCCGGGAAGCAGACAAAAAAAAAAGGACAAUUAAAUAAACAAGGAACAAAACACUUCUGCCUUCAACUGUAACAAACCACUGACACUGGAGACUCUUUCCAUAAAUGCAAUAUAUAUAAGAAAUCAAUGUCUCCUCUUCUAAAUAACAGCACAUUUUAAAAAAUCUGUUUAUUAUUUGCUUUACAUUAUGUGAGGCAUUCCUGCAUUAAUGAACUAUUAUACCGUAUUUUGUUAUAAUCAUAUGUGUUUGAAGAAAUUGUAUGGGAGUGUGUGGUAAAGGUUUUUGGACAGAAAUUGCAACUUCAAGUAAAGAACUUCAUCAGCCUGGUUUGAGAAAAAGAGCACGUAGCCUCCAACUACGCGAGCCAGGGGGAGAAUUUAAUUUGAAGACACACAUUCUGAAGAUGAUUGUUACGGAUCUACAAACACCACGACUGGUUGAAGAAGAUGGAUUCCACCAUUUCAUGAAAGCCCUAAAUCCCAGUACUGAUGCCGCACUAAGUGCCUCUGCGAUCCGAGAAGAACUAGUGAAUAUGUAUGAUAUCACAAAGAGGGAAGUGAAGAAUGCAGUAAGCAAUGCCAGGGACCCCGUGCUCUCUGCUGAACUGUGGAUCUCAAGCAAAGAAGAGUCCUAUCUGACAGUAACAUGUCACUUCAUUGAUAAGUGGGAGCUAAAAUCCUACACACUAGACACGGCUCAGCUUCUCGACGACCACACGGCAGAAAAUGUUCAUCAGCAACUUCAGAGAAUUUCAACAGAAUGGGAGAUCAUGAAGAAAAUUAAGGUGGUGGUUAUCAAUGUUGAUAGAAUGAAAAAGAUUAAGCUCACCUGGAGGUACAUACCUUGCUUCAGCCACACCCUCAACAAAGUCAUUAGAGAAGUCAUACAAAGCACCGAUUGGAGAUAUCUGCUGCGGAAGUGCCGCCAAAUUGUUCAGUUUUUCCACCAGGAAAAUGGAGCUUCAAGGGGUUACCAGUUGGUCCAGUCUUCUUGUGUUGACUGGCUUCCGACACUAGACAUGGUGAAAAAGAUCUGUGAACAGUGGCCGAGAUUUUCCAAAGACUCCAAAUACAUGCAUGCAGAUCAUCUUUGGCUCAAUGAAAAUGAAAGGAAGCUCCUGGAGAAUAUGAAAAAGGCGCUCACAGUUGUCAAAGACGUCACAGAGGCGAUUGGGACACACGGAUAUGUUUCAGUCUCCAACAUCAUACCUCUGCUUGAAAAGCUUCAGUCGAGUCUACAAAGUCUAAUAAAACAAGAAAACAUGGUAGCCUUGAAGCUCAGUGAGAAAUGUCAAUAUCACUUUGGAAGCAUCAACCAAAAUAUAUGGUUCACUGUUAGCACAGCACUGGACCCAAGAUUCAAAAGUAGUGUACUGAAGACUAAGCAAGCAGAAAAAGUUAAAGAUAAGAUCAGAGAAGAAAUGUCCAAACUGGGGAGUGGAGCAAUAAGUAGCAGUUACAAUAGAAAAGGUUUAGGCGAGAUGGGUUAUGAAGAUUCAUUUCUGCAAUAUGUUAGAGAAAGAGACAUCUCAGAAACUCUGAGACCUCUUCAGUACUGGGCAGCGAAAAACAAGUCUACGGACUUGGCCAUGGUUGCACACAAAUACCUCAGUGUGAUCUCGACCGCUAUUCCAAUAGAGCAGAUGAAGCAUCAGGACAAAUCACAGAUCAUUUUCAACAGGAGGAAAUGCUUGGAGGUCAAAGAUAUCAACAUGAUGCUGUUUCUGAAUGGCAAUCACCAAAAUUUAACAUUUUAAAAGAUUUCUUAACUGUAUGGCAUCAUGGAAAAAUCCUUUAGAUGAUCAGAUUUUGACAUUUUUUUUCUACACUGUAUAUUGUACAGAAAACUACAGACCUUCUCAAAAAUCUUCCUCUUUUGCAUGAAUCUUGGCCACAAGUGAAGUUCAAACUUUCUGCGCUCCAACUUUGUUUGCCAGCAUCAUCCACAUCUCAUCACUUCAGGUAAAAUUCAUUUGCAGCACUUAAACAUGCUGUACGAACAUUAUCGUCUGUUCAAUCAUCUCCAAUGUUCUCUGUUAGUCUUCAUCUUCAGUAACUAGGUUAUCCUGGUCAUGGUUGCAAAGGAUCCAGAGUCUAUCCUGGGAACAGUCAAGGCAGGAUGGGACUCUGGAUGGGACAAUCAGUCUAUCACAGUGACCAUGUACACACAAUUUAAGUAAUGCAAGAAAUGUUUCUGCUGCAUCACUAUGCCCUCUUAAUGUAAAUAUUUAGAGGUGAAUACAAAAAUUAAAAAAGAUAAAUAAAUAAUGACCUUUUUAUAUAUGUAAAAAAACUGAAUUGUGUAGAGGGAUAUAAAUGUAACUGUAUAAUGCAAUUACACAUUUUCAUGUUUAAAAAAUAAUAUAUGGAUUAUUAUAUCAUAUAGUGAUAUUUAUUAUGGUCAGGCGUCCACAAACUUUGGACAUAUAGCGUACAUAUAAACAGAUUUACUGUAUCUAAAUCCAGCUUUUAUUCAGCUAUUACUAUUUAAAAACAUUAUUCUAUUUAGAGAUUUCAGUAGGAAAGUCUGAGACAAUUUUUUUGUUCGCUUGUUUAUUAUUUGUCUAUAAAAAGUAAUCUAGUGACAACAUUUAAAAUUAAUAUUUAAAUGUACCGAUGUACCAAUAUAUAACACUUCUAUUGUUGUAUCUUGUGUUCCUCCAACUAAAUAAAUAGAAAUUCUGAAGCUCA